GACUUGAAUUCAGCUCAUUUGGCAGCGGGAACGUCGGCAGCACUGGAUACCAUUGUUCCACAUCUGCUGGCUUCUGCGUUGGGGGCGGAAGUUUCAGAAGUCGGCGCGCACAAGGUUGCUAUCAUUACAGAUGCUCCUGGCUUGGGAGCACAGCCUGGGGAGCUCGCAGGGCAGGGCAGCGGCAUUCUGCACUUCGAUCUGGCCUUUGAAAUAUGCGGCCCAGCAGCUGCUUUGCAGGAUGCUGUGUCGGACAAGCGUGGCUUCGAGCACCGCUUUGCUCGGACAGCGGCAGAGAAGUACGAG